AUGAGCCCCAGGCCAUCGGACGAGGAGCGCAUUGCUUUCCUCGAGGACACCUCCUUCGAUGGCAAGUCGAGCGACGAUGCCUUCGACGAGAUCCUCCUAAAGACCCCUAGCUCGCCCCGGCGAGUGCCCCAGCGCUUGAAGAAAUGGCUGCGAUCACGGCCACGCGUCUUCCGACGCCACGUCCUCCGGCACCCCUUGCAGUCGCUGCUCGCGACCCUGAAGAUCCUCAUUAUCGUCGUCGUCGUACUAUUCGUCGCAACCCCGAUCCUGGCGCCCUCCUACACACGACUACCUCCACACUACAGCGAGCUGCAGGCACGAUGCCAGGACCCCGAAGCCCGACCCGGCUGUGCGAACCCGUUCCACGAGAAGAUAUUUAUAUCCGUUAGCUUAUACGACAAGGGAGGGCACCUUGCAGGAGGGCGCUGGGGAGAGACAGUGCUGGAGCUUAUACAGAUGCUGGGACCCGAGCACACCUUCCUGAGCAUCUACGAGAAUGACAGCCCAGGCGGCGAGGAGGCGCUGCAGGAGUUCAAGAGCAAGGUGCCAUGCGCGCACGAGAUCGUGUUCGAGGCACACGUGCCGCUGACGGGCUUCGAAAACAUCACCUUGGUCGACGGCACUGAGCGGAUGAAGAGGCUGUCGUACCUGUCCGAGAUACGGAACCGCGCGCUAAGGCCGCUAGAUAGGUUCACUAAGGAGGAGUCCGGCGUGGUCGAGUUCGACAAGGUACUGUUCCUGAACGACGUUGCGUUCCACCCCAUCGAUGCGAUGCAGCUGCUGUUCAACACGAACCUGGGCCCCGACGGUCGCUCCCAGUACCUGUCUGCAUGUGCUCUCGACUACAAAAACCCGUUCCUGUUCUAUGACCUGUACGCCCAGAGGGAUGCGGAGGGGUACUCUAAUGGCGUGCCAAUUUUCCCGAUAUUCACAACGGCAGGAAACGGGACGUCAAGGGCAGCCAUGAUUGCACAGAGCGACGCGGUCCCGGUCAGUUCUUGCUGGAGUGGAAUGGUCGCCAUGCAGGCCAAAUACGUGCAGAACCUGAACGAGACUCUGCCAACCCCGGACUUCCAGGCUAUUGGCGCCCACCAGAUCAAACCCGACAGCCCGGAACCGGUCGAAGCGCCUGUGCGGUUCCGGUACGAACCGGAGGUUUUCUUCGACGCUUGCGAGUGCUGCCUGUUCCUGGCCGACGUCUCGACGGCGGCACGCCAGGACAACGCGGACGAGCAGGAGGUUUUCGUCAACCCGUACGUGCGCGUGGCCUACGAGGAGUCGACCCUCUCGUGGCUGUCGGUAAUCAGGCGGUGGGAGAGGCUGUUCCCCAUCCCGCACCGUGUCGUUUCAUACUUCGCGGGCCUGCCCCGGAACAACCCGUACCGCGAAGUGCGCGAGGGCGAGCCGUUCGUCGAGGAGAGAUGGAAUGUUGGCGACAACGACUGGGAGCUGGUUAACCGCACGGGGCGGAGCGGGAUGUUCUGCGCGGUGCGGGAGAUGCAGGUGAUCCAGGUCGAGGCGCGGACUGAGGAUAGGAACUGGUAUAAUGUGCCCAUGCCGCCCGGCCAGAGGCUCGACUUCCCUAGUUAG